UCGAGGUUCAGCUAGAAACCGAGCGACGGCAGAAAACGACGGCGAUGAACAGACUGAGAUGGGUCGGAGAGGGAGACAUCUGGGAGCUAGACAUGUCGACUCCAGUGACACUCGAAGCCACGGCACGAGCCGUUUCCAACGACCCUCUCCCUCUAGGUCUCUCAAGAGGAACUCGUCUCUCUCGCCCUAAGCAAGCAGAGUUCUUCCACCGCUUCAUGGCCACACCUCUCAUCCCUUCCUUCUCCCCUCUCCAUGGUGGCCUCUCCCUCCAAAAAGUCCUCACUUUCCCUUUCCCCAACAACUGGUUUGUGUCUCUUCUGGGUCAGUUCGAUGUUCAAAGAUUCGUGUCGGAAGUUAAAAAGACUGAAGCUUUUGUUCGUGGGUCAGCUUCUCGGUUAAGCACACUCGGCAAGCAUUUAAAGGAUACGUCUUUAUACGCGUUAGGCUUCUGCUCUGAGCUGUUGUUAACACCAGAGGAUACUCUGCUUCUCACCUAUGAUACUUACAAAUGUGAUCCUAACAAGAAUCCAAGAGCUAAAGCUGUCUUCAAUCACAAGUUUCCGCUUCACACUCUGACAGCAGAAGCGGUUUGGCCUGGACUGUAUGUGGAUAAAGAUGGUGAAUAUUGGGAUGUGCCGUUGUCAGUGGCUAUUGAUCUAGCUUCUCUUCCUGCUGAGUCUGGUUUAAGUUACCAUUUAUGUUUGCAUCAUCCCAGUGGAACUCCCAAGAAGUUUAAUUCUGAUUAUGAUGUGGAUGUGGAAGUGCCUCCUCCUGCUUCUUUGCUUCCUGGUUUGUCUUUAAAAUCCGCGGUUUCUUAUAGAGCCAACAUGGAUCUCUGGAGAGGUAUCACUCCAAAGCUAGAAGCCUGCAAGCCCUAUGACAUCUUUCUCAGUAGCCCUCAUGUCUCAGUAUCUGGGAUCAUCGGUAGUGUGAUGACUGCAGCGUUCGGUGAAAAUUCAGUAAGAACAAAACUUGAGAAGGAUUCUGAAGGUGUAGGAGGGUUCUCUCUUCAUUUACCAUCUGUAAACUCCGGAUUCAUGGCUGAUGCCUUGGGACGUGCAUCGCUCACAGCUCAAUAUGGAAACUUUCAGAAGCUCUUCUUUGAUCUCACCCGUUUCCAUGCUAGAUUAGACUUCCCUCAUGGUCUGAGGUUCCUUACCGGUGCCACUAGUGUCGCACAAGAGCUUUUGAAUUCUCGGCAGCCUAGUUUAGAAGCGUUUCAGAAAAUCUGCCCUGAAGUAGCAGUAUCUCUGCAGCAACAGAUUGUUGGACCGUUUAGUUUAAGAGCUGAGUCUGGAAUUCGGAUUGAUCUGAAAAAUGGAUCUAACCCUAUGACCAUCCACAACACAGUGUUUGCUGUCGAGUAUGCUCUCCAAGUGCUUGCUUCUGCCAAAGCUGUUGCGUGGUACUCACCAAAACAAAGAGAAUUCAUGAUUGAGCUUCGAUUCUAUGAGACCUAGCCUCAGGACAUGUGAAGAUUGUAACAGAUUUAUAUACCCAAAUUAUUACAGACACUGGAGUGACCAUAAACAUAUUAUCUGGUCUUUGUAUCAUUAGUUGUUAUUAUUUUUUAUUCAUAACCAAAAAUAUUUUCUUUUAAUCCAAUUUGAGCAGA